UUGAUUCAGUAUAUACUGCUAACAGGUGGUCUUCGUCGUCAACAGUAUUUUGAGGAUACGUUCGGCCUGUUGCUAAGAUUACCACGGUUCGUCUCCUUCUUGUCAUUGCUGCAGCUAGGCAUGGGCCCUGUAGUUGACCGGUGUGAGCACGCCGUUAGCACACUACCGAGUACUAGGAGUACACUAACGAGAGAGGAACUACGAGCAGAAGUCACUGUGCUACUUAAAGAUAUUGCGUAUAAAUAAAGAGGAGUCAGUCUCGUGAGCGGCCGAGAAUGUUUAUGUCAAAAGGACCAACGGCGAUGAAGGAGAAGGAGGAGGAGUAGGAGCUAGCUUUAAUUGAAGUAAGGCGGAAUCGAAGCGAAGAAAUUCUGAACCAAAGUUUAUUAACUCUCUUGAGGCUAAUCACUUCAACUUAAACUAUGGGCAAGAAGAAAUUCAUCGACAAGAAAAAAGCUGCAACUUUUCAGUUACUUGCUCGCGAUUCGUCCGAUCCCAAUUACAAUGACUCACCUGGCAGCGACCGUAUCUUUGUGCGAGUCGACAACAGUAACUACACGAUGAACAGCUUUUUUAAUGAUGAUAGCUGCGACAGAGGUAGCUGUCAACACGGCGAUGAUGAUAAUGCGAUAUUCUCCUAUGCUCCUGAAGAUAAUGAUGGCGGAGAUGACGAUGAUCGGGUUUUUGGAAAUCCGACUGCAUUUAACGGGGGAAUUGCUGGGGCCGCCAGGGGAACGGGGCUGCCGGAGUAUGUGAGGAGAGAGAUUUUGCAGUUAGGGUUUCCCGAUGAUGGUUAUAAUUAUCUGAUUCACUUCAGAGAGAUUAAGGAUACCGGUGGGGGUUCGGCAUUUUAUCAGAAUCCUAAGGCCAGGCUUGAUCAGCUUCCUCAUGAUGUUAAGGCAUAUGAUGCUUCUAGAUUGCAGAUUUCUCAAGUGAAAGGCAAUUCUGAUGAGAAAUCUAUUUAUGGUAUAGCCUCCGGAGCCGUUAAUGUGAGGGUGCAGAAAGCUGUUGAUCCUGAUGUGACUGCAUUGCUUGAUGAUAGUGAUUUAUCCAGGUUUGGUUCUGAUGUUGAGGACCUGGAAGAGGAUUUUGUUGUUCAAGCAAAUCUUCCGGAAGAAGAGGGGAAGGAUUUAGAUAUAAGAAACAAGCUCACCUUGGCUGAGGAACUUGAGGCAAGCAAUAACAGAGACUAUCCUACUUUUAGUCAUCAUGACAAUGCCUUUCGCCUUGUUGACUUGGAUGAAGAAAAUAAACAAUCCACGAGUGCAGGAGAUAAUUUUGCUAGUGAGAAAACAAGAGUUUAUCAUCUUUUAGAUGAGCAAUUUGAUUUGUACUCCAUGCUGCAGCUUGAACUUCAAGAAUAUGGCUCCACUAAUGAUGAUGACUAUGAUGAUUACGUAGCUGAAGAAGAAGAAGAAUCUCUUGCAAUGAAGAUAAAAAAUUCCCUUAAUGACCGUGCAAUGGAUGAUAUUGAACUUGAUGAAAAAUAUGUGGGUCCUGCAGAUUUAUUGCAUAAAAAUGAGAAAGCAAAAGAUAAAGAGUUACUAGAAUCUGCUGUUGAUGUCAUUCGCCGUUGUGUGGAAUAUGCUGAGAAGUAUGAAAAUGAAAAUGAAGAUGAAAGAGUGGUUGUUGUUCAGGAAAGCAGUGAUGAGUCGGAACAAUGGGAUUGCGAGACCAUUGUUUCUACAUAUUCAAAUCUUGACAAUCAUCCUGGAAAAAUUGAAGCUCCAGGAAUAGCCAUGAAAAAGAAGCUGGCAGAAACUGUCUCCAGAUCCUUGCAUUCCAGCAGCAAUGCAAUAUCCCUAAGAGGAAAAGAGAAGCUUCCAGUAGACUUUUUGCCUCGUAGAAAGACUGGCACAAAAGAAAUAAAGGAUGUGUGCAGCUUGAAAACUGAAGUGCCGAAGAGGAAGCCACGUGGACAGGAGUCAAAAGAUGAGAAGAGAGAGCGAAAGGCUGCUGUAAAGGAGAAACGGCAUGAGGCACUACGAAUGAAAAAAGAAACUAGUGGGCUGUACAAGGAAACAGCACGACGUGCUCAAAGAGUUGCUGCUAUAUCUGGGCCUUCUUCUAUUCAUCUAAUGUAAGUAGGGUAGUUAUUGAAUGAUUCUUCCUGUUGAAGUUAAUACUGAACUAAGUUCUAUUAAAGUUAAUGUUGAAACAAAUUUUUGCAUGAAAUUUGACGAGUGUAAGAAACAAGUAGUAGAAGACAGGCAAUUCUCGGAUUUUUCGGUCGAAAUUCUUUCCUCGAUCAUCUUAUUAAGAAUAUCUCGUCUAGUAUGAAGGAGAACUCAAUAUGAAAUAAACGGAAUGCGCAUUCACAUUUCAAUAGGA